AUGGUCGAUGAGAUCAAGUCCCACCUCGAGCACUCGCACCCCUACCGGGGGCAUGUCUCCUGUGCCGACAUCCUCGCUCUGGCCUCCCGGGACGCCGUCGCCCUGCUCGGCGGCCCGACCUGGAACGUGCAGCUCGCCCGCAAGGACUCGCACGGCGCCGGCAGGGAUGCCGCCGAGAAUGACCUCCCUAGCCCGCACGAGAACGUCACCGCACUCAUCACCAAGUUCGCCAAGUACGGCCUCGACGCUCGCAACAUGUCAGCGCUCUCCGGCGCGGGCACUGUCGGCAUGGCGCGGUGCUUCCACUACAAGGACCGUGUCUAUGGAAACGACGGGGAGGGCGGCGCUCACAUCGACCCCUCCUUCGCGGAGCUGCGAAGGCAGACCUACCGGGUCGGUGCCCUCCCUGUCGCGUGCCUGCAGGCCCGCGCGCCUGGAGUGCGCCCCUCCCUGCCGCGCGGGUCUGGAGUCGAGGGUGACGGGUAG